UUGCACUGGCCGGCGGCAGCUGAGGCGCCGUGCCGCUAGACGACGCCGGAUGCCACAUCUCCACCGUCGAACCGAGUACGGGAGUGGACGUCUCUUCAUUAUCAGCAACGGCAUCGGGAGUGACUGCGUUCCCUUGAGCCUGCACCGCAGGCGCCGCCGGCACCCAUGGCUCUCCCGCGCGGCAGAACCACGUACAAGAAGAAGGACGGCAUCCUCACUCUGACCGAUGACCGCAGUGCGUUAGUAUGGGCACCAAUGCCCGCGACUGGGCCGCCGACGGUGUCUCUGGCGCUGGAGAAUAUCAUGAACCUUCAGCAGACGCCAGACGGCGCACCAAAGGUCAUCUUGAGGGUCGUCGAAAAGCCCAAGGCGAAUGUGGACGGCGCGGCGGCCCAGCAGUUCCUGUUCCACUUCACCUCGCCCACGGAGGCCCGGGCGGAAGCAAAUGCCAUCAGGGACCUCCUCUCCCAGCUGCUCGCCGCUGCCCGCGAGAAUGACCCGAGCGUGCCGAAGCCCGUUGGCGCGACCAACACGUCGGCGGCCAUGUCGUUUGCCAGCACGGUGAAUGCCAAGGCGGCGCCGGCAAAGUGGUUCGACGACAACACCCUCAGGGCAGACAUGGAGCUCCAGCAGUCUCUCAUGAGGAAAGACAAGGACCUGGCCCAGACCUACUCCGACGCGCUCGCCUUGAAACCGGAGUCCAUCUCGGACGCUGCUUUCAACGCCCAGUUCUGGUCCAGCCGCGUCGGGUUGCUCCGUGCGCACGCCAUUGAGCUGAAUCAGAAGAAGGGGGCCUACAAUGUCCUCUCGACCAUCAAGCCGCGGGCAGAAGACGGCCAGUUCAAGCUCAGCAUUACGUCCGAACAGAUUUCCAUGAUUCUGCAGCAGCAUCCGCUCGUGAGGCGCAUCUAUAACGAGAAUGUCCCCAAACUCAGCGAAAGCGAGUUCUGGUCUCGUUUUUUCUUGAGCAAGCUGUCCAAGACCCUGCGCGGGGAGCGCCUCACGGACAAUGACAAUGCCGACGUCAUAUUUGACAGGUAUCUGAACGCCGACAACUCGCUCGGCCUGGCAAGCAAGAUCACGGCGGCCGGGAAGGUCCCGCACAUCAUAGAUCUAGAAGCAAACGAGGAGAACCAAGGCGGGUUUAAGAGCGGCAACCGGAAGGAUGUCGAGAUGCGGCCGAGGGCCAACGUCCCCAUCAUCAAGACGCUCAACAGCCUCAGCCAAAAGAUCCUAGCCAACGUCAACCCUGCGGAUCUCGAUCCGGCCGCCGCGGACGGACGGGCCGACGACACACGUACCCUUGACGAGCUGGCUCUGCGCGAUCUCCGCGGCGAUCCCGAGGCAGCCCGCAUCAUGCUCAACGUCAAAGAGCAGAACAAGUUCUUUUCCAACCAGGACGCCACGUCGGAAGAAGCCAAGGUGUACGAACACCAGGUCCCGUCGGAGGUUCUUUUCGAGGUGCAAGCCGACCUCGAGACGCUCGACGACGACGGCUCGGGGGGGUUAGAUCUGCGCAAGGGCAUUGGCGUCGACGACGACAGCGACAGCGACGGCGACGGCGAGACCAAGAAGGCCCCCCACGUCGGCUCCCGCGCCGCGCGCAAGGAAGCGCAGAACCAGAUCCUGGACGGCAUGCGCAAGAAGCGCUCCGAGCUUCUCUCCGGAAACGGCAGCGAAGACUCGGAUUCGUCGCCCAUGAGCAUCCCGCCGGACAUCGCCCAGCGGUGCGUCCUCACCAACGCGACGACCGUCGAGUUUCUCAAACAGUUCUGGAGCGCCUUCCUCUCGGGCGACCCGGCGCGGACACAGGAGCUUGCUUACUACGCCGAGUCGCUGCGGCGGUCGGCCGAGCGGAUCGACGCGCUGGCGGCCGAGGCCGAGAAGGUGCGCCAGCAGCUGAUCGAGAAGCGGAAGCGCGAGAUCAAGGAGAUCUACGAGCGCACGCGCAGGAAGAUCCGCUGGCAGCCGCCCAGGGGCGGGAAGGACUCGGUCCUAGCGCUGUUCGAGGCCACGUUGACCGGCUUGAAUUCCGCGCAGGCGCUGUACGGGUCGGCGUUGGACGAGGCCAGGGGCAGGCAAUGAAACACUGCCAGCGAUCGGCCAAGGUUGACAUCUCAAGCAUGGUGCGCUAUAUCUGGAAUCUAUGUCCUGGUAUCGGAUAACCAAGGGAGGCAAGGCGUAAAGGGCAUCGAAAAUAAGAUGCGACAGUCUGCAUGACCACGGUGAUGAUACCAUCGAGCGAGCAUUUAGAGGGGAAAAUGACUGAAAAGGAGUCUGUUUUCUCCUUCACUUUAUUUCCAGCAUC